AUGAAGAAGAAAAAAAUCUCAAAGAGCGGAGGCUGUUUAAAAAAAACGGCGAGCUAUACACUAUUACAUUUGGCGAUCCCCAACUUUCUUCACUUGACACCACCCGCUAUUGAGAGACAAUGCAAAGAAUUGAAAAAGUUCUGCAAAGAGUGGACGAAAGAGUUGGAUACCAAUGAAAAGAUUGAAAAUCAUUUACCCAUCACAAUCACAACUAGCGAUUACCUCCAUUCUUCCCCCUCAUUAUUAAGGGAUGCCCGAUCCAGAAUAGUAACACUCCAGGUGAAAUUGAGAUCUUUGAAAUUGGACAAUCACGCCAAGGAUAAACUGCUUCGACUAGUGAAAGAGCGUUACAACCCAGAAACUGACGUGCUGACGAUCGUCUCUGAGCGGUGUCCUUUGAUAAAGCCGAACGUCGAUUACCCCAUGUAUCUGCAGAAUGUUCUCGUCAGCGAGUCUUGGCCGUGGGAGGAUGAGAAAUGCGGAGGAGACAUGGAAAAAUAUUUGUGGGAAGGGAGCCAGUCGCAACUCGCAACGAACAGUGGAUCAGCUGCUCUAACGAAUGCCGGACAAAGAGAAAGCCCAAGACAUGCCGCAGGUAAUCGAACAGUACGCAGCCUAUGCUGGUGAAACAUCUUUCUACAUCAAAUUCAAUUGGCCGUUCCUUGGUGCUGGUGUCGUGUUACCGAAGUUGCAUUAUUAUUUUAUGAAAUUGGCAUUGUGUCAAUGUAGUAUACCGUUAAUAUGUUAAGAAGGAACAAAAAAGAAAUAUGGGGAUGUUUAUGUCAAACAAAUAAUAAACAUGUUUUCGGGAUUGGGAAAGGAAAGAGGAGGAUGUGGAAGGGGGAUAUUUCAAGUUUGGUUAAAAAACAGUUAAUUAAUAUAACCCUGCAAACAUAUCCCUACCAAUUAAUCUCCAAACCCCACAAACUUAUACCUUCUAAUUCUUCUGACCCCACAAACAUUACACCUACCAACCCUCAAAUGUAUACCCUAAACCACAUAAACCAAUGUCUAACCCUAUGUCUGUAAUAAAUAAACAAAUUUUAUACAUCAAACUAGUUUUUA